GACACUGGGCAGGAGAGGACCGUUUUAGACAGAAAAGGGACUAAAGGAACAGAAACAGGGGCUUUAUUUGAUAGUCUGGGAACUUAUUUCAAACACUGUGAAGAUCUGACUCAGGAAGUGCUGUGAAGCAGUCCAGUGUGUUUAUCCUGACCCCUGUUCAACUUCUUCCUGCAGUUCACUCCAUGCUGGGAAUAGACAACUCUCCUCUGAGGCUGAGGCUAACCAGACUAUGCAGAACUUUCUUCUCUCCAACAUUCUGUGGAACUGGGUUGAAUGGAUCGCAGCAGUUACUAUUGCUGCUGGGACAGCUGCAAUUGGUUAUCUAGCUUACAAAAGAUUUUAUGUUAAAGAUCAUCGCAACAAAUCUAUGGUAAACCUUCACAUCCAGAAAGACAACCCCAAGAUAGUACAUGCUUAUGACAUGGAGGAUUUGGGAGAUAAAGCUGUGUACUGCCGUUGUUGGAGGUCCAAAAAGUUCCCAUUCUGUGAUGGAUCUCACACAAAACACAAUGAAGAGACUGGAGACAACGUGGGACCUCUGAUCAUUAAGAGAAAGGAAACUUAGUUUUGAUACUGCAAACCAACUUGUCAUGAUGUUAUCUGAUUGUUUAAUUAGAAUGACUACAACUUCUGUCUAAUUCACCUCCCCUGGGUUCUAGAUGUGGUAUAUUGGAAACUGCAGCUUUCAUACUCAUGGCAUUUGCCUUACUUGUUGAACCAUCGUGGUGCACAUUUGUUUAAACAAAAAAAAGAAAAAGUAAAAACCAACUUCAUGGCCUAUGGGUUA